UCUUCUGAUGUCUGAUUUCGUAGCUGAACCAAACCAGACAGUUAUUGAAGUGCAGAGAACAGACUCAAUGACUGCUGAGUAGAACUGUAUCAGCAGCGCCUGUGGCAGGUUGAAUUUCCUCAGCUAGUGAAGGAAGUACAACCUCUGCUGGGCCUUUUUCACAAUGGAGUCAAUGUGGGUCUCCCACUUCAGGUCCUGUGAGAUGGUAGUGCCCAGGAACCUGAAUGACUCUGCUGCCACAGUGCUGUUUAGAAUGGUGAGGGGGUUCAGUGUUGGGGUGUUCCUCCUAAAGUCCACAAUCAUCUCCACCAUUUUGAGCGUGUUCAGCUCAAGGUUGUUUUGACUGCACCAGACAGCCAGCUAUUUAAUCUCCCUUCUGUAUGCAGACUCAUCGUCAUCUCGGAUGAGGCCGAUGACAGUGGUGUCAUCUGCAAACUUCAGGAGCUUGACAGAGGGGUCCUUGGUGAUGCAGUCAUUGGUGUAGAGGGAGAAGUGUAGUGGGGAGAGCACACAUCCCUGGGGGCCACCAGUGCUGAUUGUACAGGUGCUGGAAGUGAGUUUCCCCUGUCUCACAAGCUGCUGCCUGUCCGUCAGAAAGCUGGUAAUCCACUGACAGAUAGACAAGGGAACAGAGAGUUGGUGAAAUUUAUUCUGGAUUGUAGCUGGGAUGAUGGUUUUGAAAGCCAAACUGAAGUCCACAAAAAGAUUCCUUGGUUAUGUCCCUGGUCUGUCCAGAUGUUGCAGGAUAUGAUGCAAUCCCAUGUUUUCAUCCACAGACCUGUUUGCUCUAAGCAAAUUGAAGGGGAUCUAGAAAGGGUCCAGUGAUGUUCUUCAGGUGGGCCAACACCAGUCUCUCAAAUGAUUUCAUGACCACAGACAUCAGGGCGACAGAUCUGUUCCUCUAAAUCACACAGCAAUUGUGAGUCACCCCUGCAGUGAAACCACCUCCUCAGCAAUUCAACAACACAUGUGGUGAUUUAUUUUUAUCACCAUACAAGUGAAGAAGAAAAAAACCUUAAAGUGUUACCAUUGAACUCUACUGGCAUACUAUUGCAAAAAUGAAUUUUGUUAAAGAGGAGAGCGAAGACAUCUGUAUUACAGAACCAUGCAAAAUGAAAAAUGAAGAUAAUGAGGAACAAAGAGACUUGAUGGAAGUGAAAGAGGAGAGUCAAGAACUGAAGGAUGUGGAGGAGAAAAUUCAUGAUCACACUGCUGAAGAAUCUUUCAGUGGCUCAAAGACUGAAAUUAAUUUCUCACACAAAAGAACUCGAAGAACAAGAGACAAAAAGUAUUUUACCUGCUCUCACUGUGGAAAGAGUUUCACACAAAAAAUAAACUUUAUCACUCACUUAAAACUUCACACUGGAGAGAAGCCUUUCACCUGCAUUCAGUGUGGAAAGAGUUUUGCACAUAAAAGAAGUCUUCACCGUCACAUAAGAAUUCACACCGGAGAGGAGCCUUUCACAUGCCUUCAGUGUGGAGAGAGUAUUGCAAAUAUAAGAAAUCAUCAACAUCACAUGAUAAUUCACACCAGAGGGAAGCCAUUCACCUGCUCUCAGUGUGGCAAGAGUUUCAUAGAGAAAAUAAACUUCAACACUCACUUAAAACUUCACACUGGAGAGAAGCCUUUCACCUGCCUUCAGUGUGGAAAGAGUUUUGUACAUAAAAGGAAUGUUCACCGUCACAUGAGAAUUCACACCGGAGAGAAGCCUUUCACCUGCCUUCAGUGUGGAAAGUGUUUUGCACAUAAAAUAAAUCUUCACCAUCACAUGAUAAUUCACACCGGAGAGAAGCCUUUCACCUGCUCUCAGUGUGGAAACAGUUUUGCACAUAAAAGAAAUAUUGACCGUCACAUGAGAAUUCACACUGGAGAGAAGACUUUCACAUGCCUUCAGUGUGGAAAGAGUUUUGCAAAUAUAAGAAAUCUUCAGUAUCACAUGAGAAUUCACACUGGAGAGAAGCCUUUCACCUGCUCUCAUUGUGGCAAGAGUUUCAUAGAGAAAAGAAACUUUAACACUCACCUAAAACUUCACACUGGAGAGAAGCCUUUCACCUGCCUUCAGUGUGGAAAGAGUUUCAUAGAGAAAAGAAACUUUAACACUCACCUAAAACUUCACACUGGAGAGAAGCCUUUCACCUGCCUUCAGUGUGGAAAGAGUUUUGCACAAAAAAAAAAUCUUCACCGUCAUAUGAGAAUUCACACCGGAGAGAAGCCUUUCACCUGCCUUCAGUGUGGAAAGAGCUUUGCACAUAAAGGAGAUCUUCAGUAUCACAUGAGAAUUCACACUGGAGAGAAGCCUUUCACCUGCCUUCAGUGUGGAAAGAGUUUUGCACAUAAAAGAAAUCUUCACCGUCACAUGAGAAUUCACACCGGAGAGAGGCCUUUCACCUGCUCUCAGUGUGGCAAGAGUUUCAGAGUGAAAGGACAUCUUCACCGUCACAUGAGAAUUCACACUGGAGAGAAGCCUUUCACUUGCUCUCAGUGUGGAAAGAGUUUCACACAAGCAAGCCAUCUAACACUUCAUCUGCGCUCUCACUCUGGAUUUAAGCCAUUUAACUGAUCAGUGUGGCAAAACAUUUUAGGGUGCAUCACAACUGAAGCUACACGACAAGUCACAUAAAUGAGGAACCUCGUGUGUUCUUUUUGUGGAAAGAGUUUCAUUACAUCAUCAAUCCUGAAAUCACAUGAGAGAGUGCAUACUGAAGAGAAACCGUACUACUGUACUUCAUGUGGGAAGAGUUUUAGCCAUUUAAGUAAUCUACACAAUCAUCUAAUAAAGCAUUGUCCAAAGUUCUCAAAAUGAACAAAGUUAAUUCCAUGGACAAUACGUUUUGUGUUGUAACUAAAGCUGUCAAAAUAAAUACAUUUAAUUGAAAAUGUUUACCAUGUUAAUUUUCUUAUUCAUGAUAUCAAAGUAACCAAGUUGCCAAGUUAUCAUGAGUUACCAAUUUUCACAGAUACUGACAUUUCAUUCUGCUCCGUGUGAGUUUUAAACUCUGGUUGGUGUAGGGCAAAAACUUCGAUGUGUCUGGUGGAUUCAGGUCUUUAGAGUCUUUACUAAUGAGCUGAUGAGUUGAAUCAGAUGUGUUAAAUUACGGAGACAUCGAAAACAUGUACUGUUGGUGUGCCUUAAGGAAAGGAUUGGGAAACAAGGAGUCAAUGAUUACUGAACAAUUAAAAUUAAUUCUCAUUAUGUGGGCAGUGCGAGCACUAGAAGCAGAACAAGACAUUGGCCAUGUUCAGAAUAUCUUACUACUAUAUUACUGUCUACAGCACUUUUCAUGUGGAGUUCGAAGUAGUCUAUAAGCUCAUGUAUGAAGAAUACCUGACAGAAUACAGUGAUGCCCUUAAAACUGCAAGAAAAGCACAUUACACAAAAAUUAUUAGUGAUGUUGCUGCAAAUCCCAACAUAAUGUUUAAGACAAUCAACAAACUUCUUAAGCCUAUCAAUUUACCAACCUGUUCUUCUGUUUAGCAGUCUAACAAGUUUCUUAAUUUGUUGAAAUAAAUUGAGAAUAUUUACAAAUCUAUUGCUCCUGUUCCCUCAUCUAAUCCUGUUGAGAUUCACCCUUUCAAUUUCCCUGCAACUGUGUUUUCCAGUUUAGCAACAGUUAACAUUGAUUACAUAUCAAAACUAGUGAUAAUAAGGAAUUUAACUACAUGUAUUCUUAAACCUCUUCCCACAUCCAUUCUUAAGGGGUGUCUGCUAUCGAUCAGUCCCCUCAUCAUGACAAUUGUGAACACUUCCCUUAUUACUGGGAUUGUCCCAUUUGCUCAUAAGAUUGCAGUACUGAGACUGUGCUGGUUCGAGUCAUGAAUGACCUCAUCUCAGCUGAUUCGGGAGCCUGUAAUAUUCUGGUUUUGUUAGACCUGAGUGCUGUGUUGGGUCUCAUGUAUUUAGAUAGAAGACAAAGGCAAGCCUAACAGUCAUAAAAACCUAACUCAAGCCCCCACAUUCCAUGUCGUAAAUCUUACUGAUACAGAUCUCACCAAAAUCAAACAAAGGGAGUCCAAAACAGACUACAAAUCCAUGAAGCCUUGCUCACUAAAGGAUCGAACUCUCAACUCCUAUUGGAUGAGGCACACAACAGAAUGUCCCUCAAACAUGACAUCAUCAGGAGCUGAAAUACCUCUGAAAUGCUUCCAGAAUUCGCUUCCAGCGACUUUGUUUGCAGUGUGAAGACGCAGCUCUUUGCUGCUCUCAGGUGCAACCUCGUGGCACAAGGAAGUAACGUCCGACUUGAAACUGUGGCCAUACAAUCUCCAUCUCGCUGGACGAGUUGAGAUUACUCUGUGUUCAUCCGAACACUCUUAACGGAUCCGAAGGAGACUGCCGAGCAAUUCGCAUCUUCAAUCAAGUCGACAUUUCUGAGUUCUCCGCCAGCCCGCCGAGAAUCAACAGCCGUACCGCCUGCCAACAAAGCGAGGAAACGGCCUCCCGUCAUCACCCGAGCCUCAAGGGACCGGGUCAGAGUUAAAGGACGGAGGAAUCACAUUCUACCUGUGUCCUCAUGCGAUUCAAGUAAGAGGUUUACGUCUGGGCAGAGAUAGAAUAUUAUAGUGUGUUAUUCUUGUGUUUCAAGGUUUUUGCUUGUACAGUUUACGGACCGCCAUGUCCGCUCAUUAUUAAUAAUCAGGGUAUUAAUUAUCACAAAUUUGUUUUGCUGUAUUGUGGUCCAACCAAAUUGGAUUGUUGUGCAAUUUCGCCAUCGCAGGUGAGACAGCAACAGAGUUCAUCCAUUAAAGAGUCAAAUAACGCUGGACUUUUACGAGCCCUGCUCGUAAAACCGCGUCUCUGAGUGAUAAACUGAGAGCUGCUUUCUCUCCCACUAUCGUGAAAUCGGCUUUAGGGCUGUCACUUCUCUCUCUCUCUCUCUCUCUCUCUUGUACUAACCACACUGACACACACACACACUGUCACACACACACACCUUAUGUGUUAUAGGAUUAUUUUAUUUCCAUAUCUAAUCAUAUCACUGUUUAGUUUGUAGUUGUAAGUUGGAAGUUUAUU